GCCUACACUAGCUGGUUCAGGUGGACCCCAUGCUCUAGGUUGCCUGGCCCGGAUUUUAGCCGACCUGGAAGUGCGAAACACCAAGGCAAGACAUCAUAUUGGAAGCACGGGGCUCCUUGCUGGCCACCAAGACCGCCUUCGAGAGCGUCGCGAGUUAUCGACAUCGUGACCCAGUUCGUUCGAUCCCUAACCCCCUAAAAACGAGACGCCCGAGAAUGCCACCGAUGUACACCUAGCCUGGCAGUUUGUCACCGCCAGUCCCACGAUUUCCAGCCCGCCGUUCGAUGCCUUGACUUCCAACAUCCCUCGCCAACUGGGGAUCAGUCAUUUCCCUUCCGAAUUUCCAAUUCCCGAACGCUCUUCCAGGCCCAAUCUGCCUAGUCUGAAGAGCCUCCACGUACAAGCCCGAUAGACGCCGGGACCAUGGCUUCUUAUGGGCAAGCCGUUCCCGCAGCUGGGCCCCGACCUGGCCACGGCGCAGCCUACGGGGGCACUAUGCCCGUCGGCCCUCCGGGGGCGCCAGUCGGGACAUUUGUGCCGGGCACCAAGAUCCAGGUCGGCAGCCACCGCGUGGUGAUACAAAAGUACCUUUCCGAGGGUGGUUUCGCGCACGUGUACCUGGUCAAACUGAACUCGCCUGUCGACGGGACGGACCAGGCUGUGCUCAAGCGCGUCGCCGUGCCCGACAAGGACUCCCUGCGCGGCAUGCGCAUCGAGGUCGAGACCAUGAAGCGCCUGAAGGGCCACAAGCCCAUCGUCACCUACAUCGACUCGCACGCCUCGGAGCUGCGCGGCGGCGGCUACGAGGUCUUCCUGCUCAUGGAAUACUGCAACGGCGGCGGCCUGAUCGACUUCAUGAACACCCGGCUGCAGCAUCGCUUGACCGAGCCCGAAAUCCUCGGCAUCUUCGCCGACGUGGCCGAGGGCGUGGCCUGCAUGCACUACCUGAAGCCGGCCCUGCUGCACCGCGACUUGAAGGUCGAAAACGUCCUGAUCACGACGACUGGCUCGGUUAAGAAGUUCAAGCUCUGCGACUUUGGCUCGGCGGCCUCACCCCGCGCCGCCCCGACCACGGUCGCCGAGUGCCGCCUGAUGGACGAGGACGUGCAGAAACACACGACGAUGCAGUACCGGAGCCCCGAGAUGGUCGAUGUCUACCGGAAACAACCGAUUGACGAGAAGUCGGACAUAUGGGCGCUGGGAGUCCUCCUAUAUAAACUGUGCUAUUAUACAACCCCGUUUGAGGAACAAGGCCAGCUUGCCAUCCUCAACGCAAGCUACAAGUUCCCCAGUUAUCCGGCAUUCUCGGACAGGCUAAAGAAACUCAUAGCGUCGAUGCUCCGGGAAAACCAGAAGACUAGGCCGAACAUCUACCAAGUGCUUCGAGAGGCCUGUUCCAUGCAAGGGCGCGAAGUUCCCAUCAAAGAUAUCUAUUCUGGUCGGUCCCAGUCGGAGCCUCGCGGUAGCGGAAAGAUGACAGUGCCGGAGCAGAAGACCAGCUCGACGCCGGUCGUUGGAGCUGUCUUCGCCCGGCCAGCUCAACAGCAGCAGGUUAUCCCCGAAGUUGAGCGGAUGAGGAGAGGUCGGCCCCCCACAACCUCACAGCCAGCAGGACAACCGGGGAAGCCGAGUCGAUCACCGGUAAAGGUUUUGAAUGGCGAUCCGUUUGCUGCUCUGGACUCGAAGACCAGCGCGUCUGGGCCGGGAGACGAGCUGUCGUCGAGGUUUCCAACGCUCGAUCAGUUCUCGAUCCUCCUCGAGUCGCGCACCAAGUUUGACUUCGAUGACCCAGCUUCGCCACCAGCCGCACAGCAGCCAAAAGACCUGUCCCAGAGGGUCACGGAGAGGCUUGCGGACGACGCGUUCGCUCCAACGCAACCCAAGCCUACGCCUACUCCUGCAAGCCGAAGACAGUCUUCCGAGACAUCCAGGCCAAAAAUGCACCCAUCUAUUCCACCCGAGGUCCCCCUUAUGGGCCCCACCAAGUCUGCAUCCGCUCCGCCAAAGCCUGUAGAGCUGAGUCGGGCGUCAGCUAUCAUCUCAAAUUCUCCCGAACUCCAGGCAAUAUCAUCACAGACAUCGCAGCCCUUAAAGGUCGCGUAUCAACCUGCUCCAAGCAGGCCGGUCAUGGUCUCUACCGGGACCAUGACUUCUGAGCCGAGCCCUGAGCGACCAACGACAACUGCCCCGUACCAGGUGUACCGAUUCCCCAAAGCAGAUGAGCAGCGGUCCUCCAGUCUCCCGCGGCGACAGGACCCGAGCUCGUCAGACCUUCUUCGCGCAGAUACACCGAAGGCAUCUCUGUCAGGGGCAAUACCACGAGUUCCUCCUUUCCAACCCCAACCUGGGCACGCCCGCCACCCAUCCUCCUCCCGGCCGUCACUCGAGGGGGGCCGGCCUAAUAUGGACCAGAUUGAACCAAUGAUCAAAUCAAAAUCCACCACAUCAGCCCGGCCUCGACCAGCUAGUACGCAUCUGGAGUCUAACAUCGACUAUUUGCGUGAGAGGGAGGCAUUACCGAAGCCUCUAGGUUCGCUUGCCCACCCCUCGCCCAAGUAUGCGGAAAAGCAUCUGCCGGCACCGCCUGAGCCAGAUGACGAGACGAAUAUUUCCUCAAAUGUGGAAUUCCUACGCUCGAUGGAGGAUUCAGACCCGAAGAAGAAGGACAAGGGCUACCACAAGCACGGGAAACGGUCGAGUCUGACUUCUUUGGGGGCCGGAACUAAGAACAAACUGGCUGGGAAGUUUGGGGACGCCUUUAAGCGCUUUGAGGGGAGUGGACCUCCUCCGCCACGCACACCAUCUCCACUCAAGGAUCUCGAGCGGCGUGACCUCACCCCUAUAGCUGGAUCUGAGGCCACCGACGGGCGCAGCGACGACGGCCACGUACUAGAAGAGACAGACGAUAUGACGCCCGAGAUGCGUAGGGAACUUGAGCGACGUCGCCUAUCCCAGGAAGAGGCGCGUGUGGCGGCUGCGGGUGCCGAGUACCGACAAAGAGUCCAGGGCGGCUCAACGGGGCCCACGCCUCUUCCGAAGAGCAUCGGGGGCGUCUCACGCGCCGUCUCCAUACAGAACAAGGUCCAGAGCCUGCUCGAUGAGAGUAGCCGCUCGACGGUCAGUGUGACUCGUACGGCUCAGGGUUAUGGUCACUAUAUAGAUUCCUCGCCAGUUGCGAAUCGGCCGUCGACGUCUGAUAGCCGACCAGCCAUCCCGCGCAAGCCACUCGGUGCCGGACAACGGCCGGACUCGGGCGAUGCUGGCGCUCGCCGAGGCCCCCCGAUUGGGGGUGCUGGCUCUGCAGAACCUACCGGCUUAGCACGACCAAUCCCCGCAGGCGGUGCUCCGAAACCAAUGGCGCCUCCCAAACCCACACAUCUGAACAAAAACCCAGCCCCUAUUAGCAACCUCCCCGCCGGUGCCCGGGCCGGCUCGCCCCCGAAACCAAUGAUGCCGCCGAGCAGCAGCGGCGGCGGCAUAAACGCGCCCAGGGUCAGGGGGCCGGGCCCGCCGAGGGAGCAUCUCGUCGCCGUGGACCUGCCGGGGCAGCCGACGAUCGAGAUGUCUCCGGCGGAGCGGGACGAUUACAUCCGCGACUUCCAGAAGCGGUUCCCUAGCCUGACGUCGAUCGAGAUGGUGGAGCGGGAUCUGGGUGCGGAGGCAGAGGCCAAGAUAGGGAGAUAGAGGCAGUCCUUGGGCGUCCCUGCGUAUAGAAAGACUACCGGUCGGUGUUCUGUGCAUUUUGACCGCUUGGGGGGGUGGUCAGGGGUAGGCAUUGAAAUGUCUCUAGUCGAUUUCAAGCAUGCGUAUACUCAAGAUAGAUGUCUUGGUUAGAUAACACUAGGACGCAGCGAGGUAAUAUAUCACCACCUGUGACAUUGUGCAGAUGAGACCGGUGCUAUCGCUACUAGCUAUGUUGGCCGCUGGGAGGCACGAAGCUUUCCGUGUCUUGUCGUCUCAUCUCACAUCUCUCAGAUGGGAAAUAUUAAUGAUUAUUCCUGU